CGGACCGCGAAAAGAAAGCAAAGCGAGCCACACUCUUCUUUGGCUUGCUGCCCCAUUUGACGCCCAUCUGUCUUCGUUUGCUUGGGAGAUUCACUCCCCCAACUUAGCAACAACGAAUCGAAUUCCAGUCUUUCCUCCACUUUUAAAAGCCGUCCGACUUGCUUUGUUUCCGGCACUCUCUCUCUCUCUCUCUCUCUCUGUAGGACACGAUCUACUUUCAGAAAACCGUCUAUGUCUGCUUCUGUAUCUCCCAUGGCAACCUCAGCAAUUCCCCACAUAGAGAACCCCUCUGCUUUCCCUUUGUCCUCUUCUCUGAGAUCCUAUUCUCAGAAGAACACCUCCACGAUUGGUUGCAGAAGACGGUGCUGUGUGAAGGCUAGCAGCUCCGAUGCUGAACGGAAGAUUACAACCAAGAGAGAGAACAAAGGGUUUAAAUUAAAUUUCUCGAAGGAGAAACCGGAGACACCAUUGUUAGAUACAAUCAAUUACCCUGUUCAUAUGAAAAGACUGUCAACAACGGAGCUAGAACAGUUGGCUGAUGAACUCAGGGCAGAUAUUGUGCACACAGUGGCAAAAACUGGGGGACAUCUUAGCUCAAACCUUGGGGUGGUGGAAUUAACUGUGGCACUGCAUCAUGUCUUCAAUGCACCUGAGGAUAAAAUCAUAUGGGAUGUUGGUCAUCAGAGCUACCCACAUAAGAUCUUGACUGGCAGAAGGUCUAGAAUGCACAGUAUAAGACAAACAUCAGGUCUUGCUGGGUUUCCAAAGAGGGAAGAGAGCAUUUAUGAUGCUUUUGGUGCUGGUCACAGCUCAACUAGCAUCUCUGCUGGACUCGGGAUGGCAGUGGCCAGGGAUUUGCUGGGAAAGAGAAACCAUGUAAUUUCCGUAAUUGGAGAUGGUGCCAUGACUGCAGGGCAGGCAUAUGAAGCCAUGAAUAAUGCUGGUUUCUUGGACUCCAACCUCAUCGUUAUAUUGAACGAUAACAAACAAGUCUCCCUCCCGACUGCCACGCUCGAUGGACCUGCAACUCCAGUUGGAGCUUUGAGCAGUUCUCUUGCCAAGCUCCAGUCUAGCACUAAGCUCCGAAUACUCCGUGAAGCCGCAAAGAGUGUCACUAAGCAGAUUGGAGGAGCUACUCAUCAAGUGGCAGCGAAGGUUGAUGAAUACGCCAGGGGUAUGAUUGGUGGUUCUGGUUCAUCCUUGUUCGAAGAACUCGGCUUGUAUUACAUUGGUCCCGUAGACGGCCACAACGUGGAAGAUCUGGUGGAAAUUUUUCAGAAGGUGAAGGCCAUGCCUGCACCAGGUCCGGUUCUAAUUCACAUAGUCACCGAAAAAGGGAAGGGAUACGCACCUGCGGAGUCUGCAACUGAUAAAAUGCAUGGGGUUGUCAAGUUUGACCCAGAAACAGGGAAACAAUUCAAAACAAAAUCAUCCACACUUUCAUACACUCAAUACUUUGCGAAUUCCCUUAUUGCUGAAGCGGAAUCAGACAGUAAGAUCGUAGCAAUACAUGCUGCAAUGGGGGGAGGAACAGGGCUCAAUUACUUCCAGAAAAGAUUCCCUGAACGUUGUUUCGACGUAGGGAUUGCUGAGCAGCAUGCGGUCACUUUUGCAGCUGGUCUAGCAACAGAGGGUCUAAAACCCUUCUGUGCGAUCUACUCAUCUUUUCUGCAAAGAGGCUAUGAUCAGGUUGUUCACGAUGUGGAUCUACAAAAGCUUCCGGUUAGAUUUGCCCUUGAUCGAGCUGGGCUUGUCGGCGCAGAUGGGCCUACUCACUGUGGUGCAUUCGACAUCGCCUACAUGGCCUGCUUGCCAAAUAUGAUUGUUAUGGCCCCGUCUGAUGAAGCUGAACUCAUGCAUAUGGUUGCCACAGCAGCGGCCGUGGAUGAUAGACCAAGCUGUUUCAGGUUUCCCAGAGGAAAUGGAGUUGGAGCAGCAUUGCCACCGAAUAACAAAGGAACACCUCUUGAGAUUGGGAAGGGAAGAGUCUUACUAGAAGGUACCAGAGUUGCGAUCAUUGGCUUAGGUUCCAUAGUGCAGAAUUGCGUUGGCGCUGCCCUGGCACUGAAAGAAUAUGACAUCUCAGUUACUGUGGCGGAUGCUCGUUUCUGUAAGCCUCUGGAUGCAGAACUCAUCAAAAGGUUAGUUAAGGAGCAUGAAAUCUUAAUCACCGUGGAAGAAGGGUCUAUUGGAGGUUUUGGGUCGCAUGUAAUCCAUUUCUUGAGUUUGAAUGGCCUCUUAGAUGGCAACCUCAAGAUAAGGUCAAUGGUUCUUCCAGAUAGAUACCUAGAUCAUGGUUCUCCUCAAGAUCAAAUGGACGAAGCAGGACUAUCUUCAAGACAUAUUGCGGCCACGGUGUGCUCGUUACUAGGGAAGCCAAAAGAAGCUUUGCAAUUCCAUUGAUUCCAGUGGGGAAAUUCGCAGACAUGACAGGAAAAGUGCAGCCCACGUUGUUUCUUUUUUAUUUUGCUCUGGCCAUCAGCCGUGGUUGCUUGUGCAUAUUUAGUCUUCAAGGAUGGGUCCAGUACUUGGAGUUUGCUGGUAGAAACACUCCAAAUGUGAGUGGAGAAUGUGUAAAUAAAAGAUCUGAAAUGAUCAUAUUUUCUUUUUUUAUAAUGAAUAAAACUAACAAUCACUUUCAAUCA